UAACCCUAACCGUAAACAUGUUUAAAUCGGUACAUACCGGUAUGCCGCUAAGAGGAAGGAGUUACAUUUCAUAUACAUGUAACACGAUUAAAUUCAGUACACUUGGGUGUUAAAUACGGGGAAUUAAUACGAUCAAAAGAUACUGCCUUUGAAGUAGAUGGUCAUCGUGCAUUCGUACUGGACGGUCUGAAGACCUUUUGAAUGGGACAAUUUGUAUGUCAGAGAAGACAGUGUCUCUCUGCUCAGUAAUCACAAUAGUAAAAAAAGAAACGGACGAUAUACAUUGUUACCUUAUAGAUCUGAUAUACAUUGUCAGUCAAGUGUAUAGUACUGUGAAGAAUGAAGACAAGUUUGGACGACGUGCGUUCCUUGCUAUUUUGGAAGGCGGUUUUCGCGGAAUUCGUUGGUACUUUCAUACUCGUGCUCGCGGGUAUUGGUUCUACAGUGCAAGGCUGGACAGCGGACCAUGUUGACAUUGUUCAGAUCUCCCUGUCCUUCGGACUCUGCGUCGCCACCAGCGUAUGGAUCAUUGGCCACAUCAGCGGCGGCCACAUUAACCCGGCCGUCACAUGUGCCAUGCUUGUCACAAGGAAAAUAAGUCUCGUCCGAGCAAUACUGUUUGUGGUCGCUCAGAGCUUAGGUGCGAUUUCCGGCGCCGGCAUCCUGAAGGCGGUUACUCCCGCGGUACAAGUUGGCGGUCUUGGGACCACGACCUUGAAUACAGGGGUUACCGAGGCUCAAGGUCUCGGAAUUGAGCUACUUAUUACCAUGGUGCUGAUACUGACGGUGUUCGCUGUAUGUGACAGCAAAAGGACGGACCUCGGCGGAAGUUUCCCGCUCACCAUUGGCUUUGCCGUCGCCAUCGGUCACCUUUUUGCGGUUGAAUUUACCGGGGCCAGUAUGAAUCCCGCCAGAAGCCUGGGACCAGCCGUUGUCAUGAAUAUCUGGACUAGCCACUGGAUCUACUGGGUCGGACCGAUCACGGGAGGGGUUCUGGGAGGGUUGCUUUACGACAACAUCCUUGCUUCCAACGCUUCGCUAAUGAAGGCCAGAACCUGCCUAAUGGGGUCGCAGUUCGAUGACGGGGAAACCCCGGAACGGAAACCCGACUUCAAACGGACACCCGACUUCAAACCACUUAGCACCGAGGAACCGAAGAAGUCCGAUGACGAUGAUAUCCUAAAGUCAUAGCAUGUUUGAUAUACCUGGAUGCGAGUUUUGUAGGUUACCAGUGGUGUAAAAGCAUUUAGGAUGCGUUUAUGUUUAGCAUAGUGUGGUUGACCAUUUUUUGUUAUAUAAAUUUCGUGUGUUUUGUCAAUGGUGUGAAUGUUAUUAACUUAUUGGUCUCCUUUACUGAAAACAGUUUAUUAUAGUUUACGAGCUGUACCCGAGCUAUUAGUUGUGUAUUAACACCCAUACCCAUUUUGUAUUGUUCAUCUUAAGACAAUCUUAUAGUGUUGGCUGCACGAUGAUUAUCAUGUGUUUGUUUCUUGUGGUAUUUUUGGAGGUUUUAUGCAUUGUAUUUAAAUUUUGUUCAUUCGUAUGCAUGUUAUAGGACGGAUAUGUCUUAAGAUAUUUAACAAAUUCAUAUUGAUCAAAUAAUCAUGUGUCAAUUCAAUUUCAUGCAUAGGAUCGUUUUAAUCACGAAUAAAUAAAAUCCAUUUGUAUAUAUAA